AUGUCUACAAAGAAACCAGAUACCAAUUUAUCCAAUAUUCCUGAGGUCAUUGAUCCCGGAAUUACAAUUCCAAUUUUUGAAGAUGAAAUGGGACCUGAUCCUAGUUCGAGUGCAAGUACCCAAGUUGAUCAACAACAACCUCAGAAAUUAGGCUCUUAUAGAGCAAGAGCUGGCAAAUUUUCUAAUACCUUGAGCAAUUUGUUGCCUACUAUAAGUGCUAAAUUACAUCAUUCAAAGAAGCAACAACAGCCACAAGGAAAAUCACCAUCAGAAGGAGGACCAGUAGAGGCGUCGCUAGCAGGAGCUGCCGCUUCUAGAGGAUCAUCAGGAGGUACAACAACAGUAGCAAUGCCUAGUAACGACUCGUCUGAAUCUACUGUCGGCUCAAAAAAUCUACAAGAGACUCCCAACAAGAGUAAAACCUUUCUACCUCCAUUGAAUGGUGUUGGCAAUUUGACACCACCGAAUGAUUUAGAUAGAUUGGUACAUUUCCCGGAUUCCAACUAUUACAGCGUCGGUAGGGGUAGCAGUGGUGCCGCCCCUGGUGGUAGCUGUACUGGUGCAGGACCUCAGCCUCCAAGAACUUCAAACGACUCAUUUACUUUUAGUUCUUCAAUGCCUAAUCAGAUUUCGAGAACUAGAAAUAACACGGUUAACUCACAGGUUACGUCUAUUUCUUCUUUACAACCGAAUCCAGCGUCUUCAAGUGUCAUAUGGUCUGCGAACCAAACUCCUGUUGAACAACCUUUACAGCAGAGUUUUUUCCCAUCAUUUGGAGAUGAAGUUAAUCCAUUAGCAAAUCCCCAAGCAUGCCCUUUGAAUGAAUAUGCGAAUAAUACAGCUUAUCCGGAUACCCUUAUGUCGGGUGGUAUCAAUAAUCAGGCAGCAGCAACACAAUUAACGAUCCCCCCAAGUAGUAGUGGCAACAACAUCAAUAAUAACAAUAACGGUAUUAAUGGUAAUCAUAAUCGUAAUAAUAGUAUAAAUGGUCAUAAUAACGACAAUAAUAAUAUUAAUCAAAAUGCAGCAUUCAACAAUCACAAUAAUAAUGGGGCUAAAAAAUUGACAAUUCCUAAUUCUAUGUGGUCUAAUAAUCAAGUACUCAAUAGACCGAGAUCUCAUUCUAAUGCAUCGAGCAUCUAUACUGAUGCUCCUCUUUACGAACAACAAGGGAGGUCAAGAGCUGCUUCUGUUUUUACAUUGUCUCAACCACAACCCCAAGAAAUUCCGCUAGUAACUGAUGAUAUAGAUUCCAGAUCCAUCAAUUGGGUUUCUACUGAUACCAUGGUACCGCCCAUUAACCAAAUAUCCAACUUAUUGCCUACAAAUACCAUUUCUAUUUCUAAUGUGUUUUCAUUACAGCAACAACAACCACAAUUGAUGAACACAGUAAAUUUGACAAGUGCUUCUCUGGCAACUUUAUGUUCCAAAUACGGUACUGUCAUUUCUGCAAGAACUUUGAAAGGUCUAAACAUGGCAUUAGUCGAAUUCGAUUCCGUGGAAAGUGCUAUAAGGGCUCUAGAUGCUCUACAAGGGAAAGAGGUGUCCAUGAUUGGUGCACCUAGUAUAGUCUCCUUUGCCAAGGUUUUGCCCAUGCAUCAACAACCUCCACAAUUGGUUAUACCUGCGGGUCCUGUCAGUGGACCUGAUGCUGUACCUCAACCGUUACUGCAAGAACAAUUAUUCAAUGGUGCGAUGACUUUUCAACAACAGGGCAACGUUGCAUUACCAAUCUUCACGCAGCAACAGCAACAGCAACAACAACAAUCUCACCAGCAACAGGUACAUGUAUCUCAAAAUUACAACCAUUCCUUUGUACACGUUUCUCCCAAUGAAAAGGAACAGUGUCCUUUCCCCCUACCUCCACCUGUGGUUAGUGAUCAAAUGGAAGUGCUGAAUAAGAUUAUUGAUUCUUUUGGAACUGAACAUGAUCCUAUACAAACAAAACAUCUCAUUAACAAUGCGCUCAACUACCAGGGAACCUCAGAGACAAGUGAUUUUGGUCCACUACCUGAUCCUAUGACUCCUAGAGAUUUUGAUUCCCCCAAAUUAAGAGAAUUAAGGAAAAGUAUUGAUGCAAAUUUGUUGUCAGAUUUAGAAAUUGAACAGUUAGCCAUUGCCAUGUUGGAUGAAUUGCCGGAAUUGAGUUCUGACUAUUUGGGCAAUACCAUCGUUCAAAAAUUGUUUACUCACUCUUCGGACAUUGUUAAAGAUAUUAUGUUGAGGAAAACAAACAGAUAUUUGACCUCGAUGGGUGUGCACAAGAAUGGUACUUGGGCUUGUCAAAAAAUUAUUAGAAUGGCUUGCACCCCAAGACAAAUCAUGUUGGUGACCAAAGGUGUUGAGAAGUACUGUACACCACUUUUUAACGAUCAAUUCGGUAACUAUGUGAUUCAAUGUGUGCUAAAAUUUGGAUUUCCUUGGAACAGUUUUAUAUUUGAAAGCAUUAUUGCCAACUUUUGGACAAUCACUCAAAACAGAUACGGUGCUCGUGCAGUAAGAGCUUGUCUUGAAACUCAUGACAUGGUGACUCCUGAGCAGACUUUGGCGAUUAGUUCUAUGAUCGUUUUGUACUCUGAGUACUUGGCCACUAACAGUAAUGGUACUUUACUACUCAACUGGUUUUUGGACACUUGUACUUUAGCUCAUAGACAUUCCAUCUUGGCGCCCAAUUUGGUCACUCACAUAGUGGAACUUUGUCGUCACAGAUUGGCGUCACUAACGGUUCUCAAAGUAUUAAAUUAUAGAGGUGACGAAAGCGCUAGAAGAGAUAUCUUGGAGGCAAUCUUUGGCAAUCCACAAUCAGAUGAAGUGGUUCAAUCUUUACACCAAAUUUUGUGUGAUAACAACUAUGGUCCUACUUUUAUCUAUAAAGUGUUAACCAUGUCUCUAUUGGAAGAUGAUGUAAGGACUCAUGCGAUUAAACAAGUGCGUAAAGUUUUGUUAGAAACCACACCAUCUCAGCAACACCGUCGUUUAAUGGAGGAAGUUGGUUUGGCAGCCACCAAUUCUCAACCUCAGGGGAACCAAAGCAAGCAUCGCUCCAGCAUAUCACAAGUGCUAAAUCAGGAUGGUAGCCAUUUAAGAGGUCUUUCAGUAUCCAGUGUAAGAAGUAAUGGCUCUAGACAGAACCCAUUGGUACCUACAACUUCUGCUGGCCAAUCGUCUUUACAAACUCCUGCCAAUACAAAUGGUGCUACACCAGGUACUGCUGGUUAUAUGAAUUUUCCAGGGAUGUUUCCAAUGGGUUACGGUAAUAGUAAUAAUGGUUCAUACCCUGUUAAUGGCGACGAUUUGACCACUCAAUUUGAUAUGCUUAAUUUGAACAGCAACACCCACUUAUCGUUACCUCAACUGAGUCUAACGAAUCCGGGAAACAACGGUGUAAAUGUAAUGAGCCCUAAUAAGAACUCUGCUCAGGAUGUUCCUCUGAACAAUGGAAUGUUCGGAUAUUAA